AUGAACGACAAGGCGGUGAAACUGGUAGCCUCGGUCUUACUGCUCACGGUAGCCGUCCUUGCCAGCAAAGAUGCCAGCAAACCGGUCGACAGUGUGGCCAUUGCCAACGCGCCGAAAAACCAGCAGCCUUCCACACCUUCCAAGGUGUCACCAGCAGUGGCUGGGGCGAAGAAGGCCCCGCACGGUAAGCGAGAGGUGGCCAGCUACGGAUUACCGCACCAUACGCAUCAUCGCUACUCGCUUGGCCAUACGCAACCGCUGACGGAAUUCUACGCCCCGGCCACUAGCCACGGGUCGUACAGCUACAGCAUCCCGCAGCAUUCGUCGUAUCCGUCAUCGUUCGGAACGCAUAAGCUCUACCUCGGACCAACGCCGGCCGUCACCGGUUUCAAGUACACACCGGGUGUGGCUUCGUCGCAUGCCUUCUUCUCACCGUCGCUUGGCCAUCAUCCGGCGCACCAGUCGUUUGGUGGAUACGUUGAUGCUGGACCGGUCAAGUAUGGUAGCUUCGGUGCCAAGGAUUUGUCCGAAAUUCUGAAACAGAUACACUCGGUGGGACCGCUCACGAUUAAGGCCAUCCCGAGCAGUUACGCAUACGGUGCACCCUUUGCCGAGCAACAUGACACGGGCAACAAUCCGUCCGUGUUGUUCGACAGUGGUGCCUUCCAUCUGAAACCGAUGACGCUGAAGCUUCACGAGGUACCGAGCUUUGGCCACGGAUCGGGUCUACCGCAUGCAGCCGCCCUUACAGCACCGGCCGGUCCCACCUCGACGUCCUCCACGUACGGACACGUGGCCCACUCGCUGGGUUACGAACCUUCGUACGCUAACGGUGUCAAAGGACUGCGUCACUAUUCCACCUCGAACGUGCCGACGAACGAUCUCUACUCCGGCAACAAGUACAUCUCCACGCUGAACCUGCAUCAGCCCACCACCGCCACCAUGGUGUCCCCGUUGCACACCUCAGUCCACUCGACCGUCGGGCACCAAAAACCGUUCAAACCCUCCACCUAUCUCGGUUCGACGCAUGAGACCAUCUCGGCCCCUUCGACGUCCCACACCGGGUCCUAUUUGCCUCCCUCGCUGCAGUACCUCCCGCCGGUUAGCAAAGGUACACCGUACCCGCACAAGCAUAGUUACGAAUCGCCCGCCAAACAUGGUUACCUCCCACCGGCACCACCCUCCACCAAUGCGUACCUACCGCCGCACAGCAAACCCGCCCACGGGUAUCUGCCACCCGUGUCCAGCGGUAGCAGCUCCAACUACAUCCCACUACCAUCAUCGUCCGCGCCUUCAUCGUCCGGUUCACACGAGGACACCGGCCGGAAACCGCAACUGCACCACCAUCACCAUUCGGACCAUUCUAGCGAAAGUCUCGAGUACGGUGGAGCGACCGCACCCGUUCCAACGCCAUCUGCCGUAACAUCGUCGCACCACUGGAAGCACUAG